UGCUUUACAUUUUGAAAUUCAUUUGAAAUCGCGUGAGUCUGCCGAAAACACAAACAUAAUUUUAAAAAAAUGAAGAUAAUUUUUGUAAGUGCGCUUAUAGUCUGUGGAUGUUUUACAUUUGUCAAAGCAAACGAUGUGUGCCUUAACGAGACAGAAUAUGAUUUUUACAUUUUAGGGAGCCUUGUUAAAGAUGUUGAGAAAAGGAUACAGUCUUUGAGAGAGAACGUAAAAGAAGUGAUAAAAACGAAAUGUCCUGCGGCGUCAUGUCCUGUCUGUUCAUGUGGUGACGAAUGGGUUUCCUACAACUAUUCUUGCUAUUAUUUUGAGAAUACCAAAACAGCAACAUUCGAAGAAGCAAGGCAAUUCUGCAAGCAGAAUGCUGCUAGCCUUUUGUACGUCGAAGACAAUGCAGAAAACUCCUUCAUUCUCAGAAUGCUCGGCCGUUUUAAAUCAAGCAACAGUUGGUUUAAUGGAUUAACCGACCAAAGUACAGAGGGAAAUUGGAAAUGGAUAGACACAAAUGCACCGGCAAAAUUUAUUAAAUGGGCACCCAGUCAGCCACAUGGUCGCACCGCUGAAAAUUGCGUUGUGUUCAGCAGUAGUGAUAAUUAUCAGUGGCAUGAUGUACCAUGUGCAAGCAAAUAUUCUUAUAUUUGCAAAAGAGAAAAAUAUCUGUGAAUGUUUAAUGAGUCUACAAACAUUGACGCCGGCUAUUCAUAAAUAUUACAUACUAAUGUACUUUAAAUAGCUAGAGAUGUGAACUUCUAUGUAAUGCGUUUGUAUGCGUGUUUUUAUAUAUAUAAUGAAAUUAGUUGCUGAAUAUACUUUUGUCAAGCAGCAUUAUAUAAGCAUUACCUUUGUUAUGCAAUGGAAAUUAAUUGUACUCAAUAUUUAGUGCGGCAAUCUUUUUUUCUCUCAAAUUUUGCUAGAUAAUAAAUGCGAAAUCUUAAUUAUCAAAUAAAUUGGACGAGUCUGAUUUAUGUACAGAAUUCAUUACAUUUUGUUGAAAAACAAGCGUUUAAUUUAUAAGUGACUCCUUAAAAUAGAGUUAGUUCGAAGGACCACCUGCAAUAUGAUAGGUAUUUAACGUAUUUUUCUGUUUCUUCUUCAGCUUUCUGUUGACACAGUUUACUUUUCCUGUAUGUGUUGUAUUCUUUCAAUAUGUUUAAGAAAGACUUGAAUAAAAAAGUCUAUAUAAAAUAUUUUGAUUUUAUGAAUAAAAAAAACUAUAAAAA